AUGUCAUCUGAACAACUGAAUGUCAUCGCCCUGGUCUCGGGUGGCAAGGACAGCUUCUUCUCUGCCCUGCACUGCCAGAGGAACGGCCAUCGGCUCGUGGCUCUUGCUAACCUGUUCCCCGCCGCCCCCGUCAGCGCCGGUUCCGACGCCGCCGCGCGCUCGGCCCAGGGUGAUACCCUCAUCUUCAAGCCUCGUGGUGAUGAUGAUGGUGAUGGUCACGUAAAGGAUGCCGCCGGGCAACACCAGCCGGAGGAGCACCAGCAAGAGGACGCUCGGGAAGGAGCUGCCGGCCAAGACGCCGACCUCAACAGUUUCAUGUACCAGACCGUCGGACACCAGGUCAUACCCCUUUACGCCGACGCCACGGGACUGCCACUCUACCGCCAGCCUAUCCGUGGCGGCGCCAAGUACGAGGGCAGAGACUAUGAUUCAUCCCACGCCGCAGGUGGCGAUGCCGUGACGGCCGUCGACUCGGAUGAGACGGAGAGCAUGGUGCCCCUCCUCCGCACGAUCAUGGCAGCUCACCCGGAAGCCAACGCCCUCUGCGCGGGCGCCAUCCUAUCGACGUACCAGAGGACUCGCGUGGAGUCCGUCGCCCUGCGUCUGGGCCUCACGCCGCUGGCAUAUCUCUGGAAGUAUCCGACCCUCCCGUCUCCGCUGCCCGGUACCGUCGAGGACGCCCAGCUGCUGCACGACAUGGCGGCCGCCGGCCUCGACGCGAGAAUCAUCAAGGUCGCGAGCGCGGGGCUUGAUGAGGAGUUCCUCUGGGAGAGGGUGAGUUCCCUCGCGGGCGCGGCGCGGAUCAAGCGCGCGCUGCGCAAGUUUGGCGCCGCCGAGGGCUCCGUGCUGGGAGAGGGCGGCGAGUUCGAAACGAUUGUGCUCGACGGGCCCCCGGGCUUGUUCCGCAAGGCCAUCGAGGUGCCCGAGGCCGGCAGGAGGGUCGUCAAGGAGGGUGGCGGAACGUCUUGGUUGAGCUUCUCGGGGGCGAGUGUCCGUGAGAAGGCUGCUCCUGAGAUGACGGGAGAAAGCUGCUCCCCGGUCCGGGUGCCUGAUGUUCUGGACGCCAAGUUUCAGGCUCUGCUGGAGUCUCUACCUCGAGAUUCACCACCUGUGGUGCCGCCGUCUGAGAGCGAAUUCGAGGGCAGCAAUGGCAAAUUUUCAGCGUCUAUUGCACCUACGACUGAUAUUCACUGGACUGUCGUACCGCAGGAGCCCCGGGGCACGAGAUUCACAGUCGAGGAAGAAACGGAGGAUAUUGUUCGACAGGUUCGGGGCCUCCUAGAUGGACAUACUCCGCCGCUGCCCACCACCGCCAUUACUCAUACCGUCAUCGUUCUAAGGCAGAUGUCGGAUUUCCCUGCCAUAAACAAGAUUUAUGGCAGCCUGUUCCAGCACCCGAAUCCCCCGUCCCGCGUCACAAUCUCUUGUGGAAGCCUCCCCAAAGGCCAUUCCAUCAAUAUUCAUUUCGCUGUCAAGCCUGAUUUGGAGCAGCGGGAUCGGAACGGCCUUCACGUUCAAGGCAGGUCAUACUGGGCGCCCGCGAAUAUCGGCCCCUACAGCCAGGCUAUCGAUGUGCCCCUGAGCAAGGUCGAGACGGCGGCGAGCGGCGUCAGGCAAGUGACUAUCGCAGGCCAGAUCCCGCUCGUCCCAGCCAGCAUGAUUCUCCCCACGGAGACAACAGGCAACCUGGAGAUGCAGAUCGUACUUUCUCUGCAACAUCUCUGGCGCAUAGCCACUGAGAUGAAGGUGCAGCUGUGGACGAGUGCUGUAGCAUACUUCCCCAAUACCCCCAAAGAGGCAGACGCGCGGCGUCAGGCACAUCUGGCUGCCGCAGCUUGGUCGGGAGCGCACGCUCCUGGCGGCGACGAGGACGAGGAUGACGAGGGCGGCCCAGAUCUUUGGGACCGCAAGUACAACCCCCAAUACAUGUCGCUUGGAGGCGAGGAUCCUGCCAAAGAGCAGAAACUUCCCGACUGGUCCGUCGUCAAGAACGAGACGGACGAUGAAGACGAAGCAGCGAAGCCGGUGCCCUCGUUUUUCGCGGUCGAAGUCGAGGAGCUGCCUCGCGCGGCUGGUGUAGAGUGGCACGCGCAUCUCGGCCUCUCACGCCUCCCGUCCUCGUCGGUGGAAUACCAGACCUUUAACGUCAAGGCGUCACAGCGCGUUCCUUUCUAUCACCGUAUCUGUCAUGUGGUAGUCGCCGGAACGCUCGUUCACACCACCAUCUCCUGGCUUCCUACCAAGGAUUCCUGGACGAAAAGUCCGAUGCAUCCUGCAGAUGUGGAUGAGUGGAUGAGGCGGGCUUAUCUGGAGGCUAUUGGUAGCGACGAAUCUGCUUCGAGAUCCGGCCACAUGUAUCUGAUGUACAUCAACAUGGGCAAGACAGCCUUUCCUCUCAUGCGCGCAGGUUAUGGGCCGAAGGGCAUGGAGGCUGCGUAUGUAUUCGCGCGGUCGAUUCGGAGUGGGGAUGGAGAUGAAGUAAAUGCUGUUGGGCUUUUCAAGUAA